GGGGGUGGGGCGGGGGAGCGUAUAGGAUAAAGUGCUGUGGUGCCUUGUAAAUAUUUGGGCCAAAAGGGAAAAAAAAAAAAAAAAAAAAAAAAAAAAAGAAAAUCGCGACAUGAUUAUAUCAUCGUUAUGCAGUCCAUUGUUCUAAUGAACGAGAGAGAGAGAGAGAGAGAGAGUAAAGUGAUCAAAAAGUCCCAGAUGCAUUUAUAAAAAGGGCUUGUUGGCUUUUUUCUUUUGGUUUUAUUUUUUCUUUUUUCUUUUUUAUUUUUUUUCCGUUUCUCGUUUCUUCUCCCCUUGUUGGAAAUAUCCUAUCUUUUAUCAUGUCUACAAAUAACACUGCCUCCCAAAACGAACAGGUGAUGAAGGAAAACAUCGAUAAGGCUGCUGAACAAGCCAAGCAAGAAUUGUCCAAAUUGAAGGCUGAAUACGAAGAGUUCAAGAGAAAUGCCCAACCUAAAGUGCAGGAAGCUGAGAGUUUCUUAACGUCUCCUUCUGCUAUUGGUUUCUAUCAAGGUCUUGUUGUGGGAGCUUUCCUUGUUUUGGGUUAUGCUAAAUACAAGGGGGGUCUCAGACUAUAAAGGAAAUCCCCCCCACCUGUCUGAAAGGGAAGAGAAGAAUCACUCUCUCUAACAUGUACCCUUCCAGUGGCACUUGUACAGACACAUUACACGCGCAUCUAUCACCCUCACUUUUAUUGUGGGGUUUUUUUUUUUUGGGGCUCACCCACUUGACAUACGAUUCA